AUGUCGUAUACGUCUUUAGGCGCAUUGUUCUCCACUAGCUUCCAGGUGACUUUGUCCUUGCGAUCCAUAUUGGUUUCGAUACUAUUCAUUGCCAUCACUUCAGCAUUUUUAAUCAGAUACAAAUACCUAACGAGGUUCACCAAGAAUCCCGAGCCCCAGCUCAUCAGUAAGGAUGUCAAGAAAGAUGAGAUUGUUGAUUCGAUCAACAAGAAGAAAAGGAAGAACUUGAAGACCAAUUCAAAUUAUUUAGAUGAAUUCCUCAGUGCCAUCAAGAUUUUUGGAUACCUUGAAAGACCCGUUUUCCACGAGUUGACCAAGAACAUGACGACCCAGAAACUCAGCUGGGACGAAUUGUUGUACUUAGACGAAAAGUUGGGGUUUCUGAUUGUGGUUGACGGAAGCGUUCAGAUCUUCAUUAAGAUGAACGAGAAAAACGACUCAGACUUCCAGAAUUUGAAAGAUUUGGAUAACGAUACCCCAGAGAUCUUGAUCAUGGGCAAUCAGCGGUACCAGCUACUAAAUGAGAUAAAAAGUGGAGUACCAUUGUCGACCUUAAAUAGUACUUUAGACUUGUUCAAGUCUUCUGUAACUCAAUGGCUUGACGGUGAACCCGCCAUUACCGACUCCAUUUCAUCUUCAUCCUCUUUGGAUCUCAAUCUCUCGGGCAAUCAAAACAGUCCAAAAGCAAAUGGGAAGCCCGAACACUCAUACUUUGAACACUCAUACCCAGAUAUUAUUGUUAGACCCAAGUCUCUGAAAAAGAACAAGAGAGGUGCAACAAUUGCAAUCAUUCCAGCGCUGGCAUUCCAGAGAAUUCACUUCAAGUAUCCAAAGGCUACUGCCCAUAUUGUCACAAUGGUAAAGAACAGACUCUUCAAGGUAACUAUGAAUACUAUUCACAAUUACCUAGGACUUUCUGAUGAGAUUAUUGACAGCGAAGUGAAGUUGAAUUCUUCUAUCGAUUCCUCCUUACCAGACUACUUGAAAAACACUUUGGUUGAAAAGUAUUCCAACCGAAGAGGAUCUUUGAAUGAACAUAAGCAAUCAUCAUCAUCUUCUAUGGAAAAGCUAACCAAGAAAAAGACUGCCAUUGAUCUUAGAACCUUCAAUAGACAAUCGAGUUCCAGAUUGGUAUCCUUAAGUUCGGUAGCUAAGCCCAGUCAUCCGGGUGAUCUAUUGUCCUCAGUACCAAUAUCCAGGAAGUCGGUAUUCAACUUGGAUGACUAUAAUCUGCGUUUCAAAGAUACUUCUGGUAAGUUUUCUAGCCUUUCUUCAACGGAAACAACAUUCUCAAAUGACAUUGAGGAAACAGAAGAGACUUCCACCAGAAUCGCUGUCGUUGAAAAUAUGUUUAAGUUGUUGGGAAUUGAUGGGAACUCUCCAUUUCUCAAGAGAACCGAGCUGAUUCCCAUUGCUAGUCGAUUGGGAUCUUUUCCCAAGAUCUACAGUACAAUAAACCAGUCGCAGUUGGCACAAUACAACAACAGUUUGAAUGGAACUGAAUCAAAGGGAGUUGAUAGCCUUUUAGAAGGUAUUCAAAGACCUAAAGCUGUGUCUAUCAGCAAUGGCUCUGGAUUUGAUUUCGACAGUGUUAAGGAUGAUUUUGCUAAGAACUUGAAAAUCAAGUAUUUUGAGCCUGGCAAGAUAGUCAUCGAGCAAAACUCCUUCAACUCAGGGCUAUAUUAUGUCAUUGAUGGAUCUUUAGAUGUCGAAUGUAACAAAGCUAGUGGUAGAGAUAAUAAAAUUGUGACAGUGAAAAGAGGUUCCAUUCCUCAAGGUGGACUCGGGGGAUACUUGUCAAGUAUAUUGGGGAUCAAGGCCUUGACCACCUUGAAAGCUUCGUCAAAGGGUGUGAUUCUAGCUUGUAUACAUAAAUAUGAUUGGGCAAGACUCAUGGACAAGUACUACCAACUUCAAUUGCCAUUGGCAUGUCGGUACAAGAGUUUACUUUCAAAGGAAAUCCUUACUAUCGAUUUUGCUUUGGAGUGGUGUCAUAUCCAAGCUGGUGAUGUAUUGGCAGCUGAGGGAGAUCAAGCGAAUGGCUUUCAUAUUAUAUUGAGUGGAAGGUUCCGUGUGGUGCAGAGUAAGAGUCAAAAUUCUACUAAAGACAUGUUGGACGGAAAUGGGAAAAUUGGUGAUGAAUUUAACGUCCUUGGGGAAUACGGCCACGGAGAAUCAAUAGGGGAAGUUGAAGUAUUGACUGCAUCAAGACGAGCUACCUCUUUGAUUGCUGUUAGAGAUUCUGAAACGGCAAGGAUCCCCAGAACGUUAUUUGAAAUUCUUUCGUCGCAGAACCCUUCAAUUAUGGUGAAAGUUUCAAGAAUUGUUGCUGCAAAAGUUGCAUCUGCUCAAAAUGAUUUGAGAAUUAAGAACAGUUUGAGCAGCACUAUAACAGUACCACAAACAAAUAGCUCAACUCCUUUCCAAUCUCCCCUGUCACAUAUUUCUGGAAACUACAAAACCAUUACAGUGUUGCCAACGGUGAAUGGCUUACCAGUGAGAGAAUUUGCUACCAAGUUGGUCAAUUCCUUAGAAAUUAUCGGAAGAAAAGUUAUUGCAUUAGAUCAAUCUACUAUUUUAACCCACUUAGGGAGACAUGCAUUUGAUGAUAGCUUAUCCCAGUUGAAAUUGUCAGGAUUUUUUGCAACAUUAGAAGAGGAAUACGAAACUAUUGUUUAUAUUUGUGAUAGUACCGUUAGAUCAAGUUGGACUUCAACAUGUAUCAGCCAAGGUGACUGUAUCUUAUUACUUGCAAACGCACAAGAUUACGAUGUUGCAGUUAGUGUGGGAGAAUUUGAGAAGUUGUUGAUCAAGUACAGAACUACUGCAAGAACCGACUUAUGUCUACUCCAUCCUGAAAAAUUUGUUCCAUACGGUUCCACCUCAAUUUGGUUGAAAGAUAGAAACUGGGUGCAGGGUCAUCACCACAUUCAGAUGACUAUUGCCAAUAGUAUAGGAAAUGAGCCGUUGAAGAAGAAAUCCAUAAUUGAAGACAUUGCUUUGAAGAUUUCCGAAAGGACUAACCAAAACAUCAAACAGAGGUUCGAGAUUGUUAGAUCAAGGCUCUCUCGCAAUUCCCGGUUGAACAAAACCGAGAAGGCUUCAACUGCAGUAGAGCCAUACAAGAAUGAUUUUUUGAGACUAGCAAGAAUUCUUUCCAACGAGGCGAUAGGCCUUGUAUUAGGAGGAGGUGGAGCUAGAGGAAUCUCCCACCUUGGAGUAGUGACAGCAUUGGAAAGACAUGGAAUUCCUGUUGAUAUAAUUGGCGGAACAUCGAUUGGAUCCUUUGUUGGAGGCUUAUAUGGCCUUGAGUACAACUCGGUUUCUAUCUAUGGUAAAGUGAAGAAGUUUGCUAAACGAGUUUCUUCUUACUGGUUGUCAUUAUUUGAUUUGACAUUGCCGGUGACUUCAUACUUGUCUGGUUAUGAAUUUAACAGAGGAAUAUGGAAAGUGCUUGGAUUUUCAGAGUUGGAAGAUAGUUGGAUCAAGUUCUAUUGUAAUUCUACCAAUAUUACCAAUUCCACAAUGGACAUUCAUGAGUAUGGAAUUAUGUGGCGAUUUAUUAGAGCUUCCAUGUCGUUAGCCGGUCUCUUACCUCCAAUAGCAUACAAUGGUUGCAUGCUUUUGGAUGGAGGAUACUUGGACAAUUUACCCGUAUUAGAGAUGAAAAGAAGAGGUGCAAAGUACAUUAUGGCAGUGGAUGUAGGUUCAGUGGAUGACAGGAGUCCCAUGAACUAUGGGGACACUCUUUCUGGAAUUUGGGUUGUGUUUAAUCGGUGGAAUCCAUUUUCUAAGCAUCCAAAUGUGCCAAAUAUGAUGGAUAUCCAAUCUAGGUUAGCCUAUGUUGCCAGUGUGAAUGCUCUCGAGAUUGCUAAACGAACCCCUGGUGUUUACUACAUGAGGCCUCCAAUCGAAGAGUUUGGAACCUUGGAUUUUGGUAAGUUCGAGGUAAUCUACAAAGUGGGAUUGGAUUAUGCUGAAGAAAUUCUCACCCAAUGGGAAAAUGAAGGAAAGUUGCCCAAAAUUGUUGGGAGAAUCAAACAUUCGGGAACAUCAUCAUCUGAAAGACCCGGCUUAUUUAGAAGAAAUUCCCUUUAAUCUAGAUAAAUAGAAAUCAAUUACUGCAAAA